CAUCAAAAACACAGAACAUUCUAUUUACUCGGUUUCAAGAUUACUUUUUUUCCCUUAUACAACUUCCAAGAUAUUUCCUCUCCGUCACUUUCUUAAUCAUUUUCUUUCACUUUCCCAGCAACUUUUCUUCAGAAAUAUUCAAUAAGACCCGUUCUCUGCUCUUGCCUACUUGUCCCCAAAUUGACUUGUAAUAAUCUUCUCCUUUAAAUAUAUAAAAAAAAAAUGGUAGUUGAAGAAAUAAACUUGAAUCUAGCAAACCUUUUUGACUAGUCCCCACCUUCUAAUCUUUCCCCUCUACAGCCAGGCAUUCAACAAAAUCCAACCCCUCCAUUCUUGUUCUUACAAAUAAAAUCAAGAACCAAGAAAAUCAAGAAUCAAGAACCAAAAAAAUUCAAGAAAAUCAAGAAACAUGAACGAUUUAUUUUCCGGCUCGUUCUCGCGAUUCCGCAACGAGCAAGGCUCAUCCCCCGAUCACCAUGUGAUCCAGAUGUCGGACACACCCUCCACCGGCGGAGUCAACUUAGAUAAAUUCUUCGAAGACGUCGAAUCCGUUAAAGAAGAGCUCAAAGAAUUAGAAAGACUGAACGAAAAUCUUCAAUCUGCUCACGAGCAGAGCAAAACACUGCACAAUGCUAAAACUGUUAAAGAUUUACGAUCAAGAAUGGAUGCUGAUGUUUCUCAAGCUUUGAAAAAAGCUAAGCUUAUUAAAGUCCGGUUGGAGGCUCUGGAUCGGUCCAACGCUGCUAACCGGAGCUUGCCGGGGUGUGGACCGGGGUCUUCGUCGGACCGGACAAGGACCUCGGUGGUCAACGGGUUGAGGAAGAAACUGAAGGAUUCUAUGGAGAGUUUUAAUAGCUUGAGAGAGAGGAUAUCGACUGAAUAUAGAGAGACUGUGCAGAGACGGUAUUAUACUGUUUCUGGUGAAAAUCCUGAUGAGAAAACACUUGAUCGCUUGAUCUCUACAGGCGAGAGCGAAACAUUUCUGCAGAAAGCAAUUCAAGAACAAGGAAGGGGAAGAAUAUUGGAUACAAUAAAUGAGAUACAAGAAAGGCACGAUGCAGUUAAGGAUAUGGAGAAAAAUCUGAAAGAACUGCAUCAAGUGUUUAUGGAUAUGGCAGUGUUGGUGCAAGCUCAAGGUGAGCAAUUAGAUGAUAUUGAGAGUAAUAUGCAGAGAGCGAGUUCUUUUGUCCGCGGCGGAACUCAGCAAUUGCAAACUGCCAGAGUUUUGCAGAAGAAUACCAGGAAAUGGACUUGCUAUGCCAUUAUUAUUUUGCUUGUCAUCAUCUUGUUUGUCGUAUUGUUCACCGUUCGGCCUUGGGAGAGCAAUGGCGGAGGUGGAGGCGGCGGGGGUGGCAACCAGCCAGCUCCUGUUCAGAAUCCUACACCAGCACUACCACCACCCCCUCCACAGGCAUAGGAUUUGAUGUUUAUAGUCUUGGGUUUAUUGCAAAUAAAAUUAUGAAUUUAUAGCGUAUUUUGCAGUUUUAAUAUGAUUUUUUAAUUUUUAUAAUUCAAAAUACGAACUUUCAUCUUUUUUCAAUUGAAAUAUAUACCGGUUAGAAGUCUGAUUAAUUGGUGGUGAUGUGGAUGUUUGGGUUCCGACGUUCUACAUCAGCACCGAUUAAUCAAAUUUUUAAUGGUUUAUUUAAAUUGUAAAAAUGAUGGAAGUUUGUAUUUUGAAUUGUAAAAAUUAAAAAUUUGUAUUGAAAUUGCAAAGUAUUUUAUAUUUUAUGAUUUUAUUUAUAUUUAAACCUAGAUUUUUUCGUGGGAAAUAUGUUUAUUAGUUUGAGACCAUUGAGCUUGAGUUUUUCUUGAUUGAUAAAGUUCUAUGUACUUUUCUUAGGCCUUUUCUUGGUUUUAAUUGUUUCAUUCUUUCCUGUAACUAGCUAUUUUUUUCUUCCUCCUAUUUAGUUAUAUAUUUCUUGCAAUUAUUUGUCGA